UGAAUGAAUAUAUGAAACAAAUUGUCUCCUACGUUCAUAUAUACAUUCCUUCAAUAAUCAGCAGGUACCUAAUAUAUAUAGAGACGCCAACCUUCCCCUCUACACUCUAAAAUCAUUCUCCCUCCUUUCCCACCGUAUCUUUUCUCCUUUUCCUAAGCCAGAAAGUUAGGCUGAGUGCUCAGCAAGACAGGAGGCAGAGACACAGGAGCAGGCCAAUGGAAACAGACACCAUGGAAGGGAGCCAGGUGAAAUAAGGGCAAAGACAGCUGUACAACAUUCAGAGAGAAACCAACCAGAAUGAAAAGCAGUGAUUCAUGGAGAACUGCCACUCGGAUACUCCUUGGAUUUCGCUCUGAGAGCUACUGCGAGAUUGAGGUCAGUGAGGGCUGGCAUGGAGAUGAAGGGCAGACACGCUCCUCCUCCCUGGAGAUGCACUGCUCGUCAAUCCCUCCCCUUAAUCCUGUUCUACCCACCCCACCCCCACGACUCCCUCACACUGACCAGUGUCCUGGGCCUUUAAGGGUUGGCUGGGCUGGACUGAGGAGAGAACUCACACCUCUCUCCACCCCACUCCCUCCAUCUGGCUGUAAGUCAGCCAGCGACAGCAGCAAGCUGCAGCUGAAGAGGGGAGGAAGUCAGUGAGUGCAAGAAGCGCAAAGGAGCCCCACUGGAUUUCCGUGCCCCACGGCGGAGAGCAUCCCAGAGCUCAGACGUAGGACGGCUAUCCUGCCCACGACCUCAAGAUUAACCUGAAACCUCUUGCUGCUCCUCGCUCCUUCUGUGACUCUAGCAUCAGCUGGUGAAGCAGUGGGUGAUGGCGUAUCUGCUGCAAGGCCGGCUGCCCAUCAAUCAAGAUCUGCUGCUGAUGCAGAAAGGCACACUAAUGCGCAAGGUGAGGUCCAAAAGCUGGAAGAAGCUAAGAUUCUUCAGACUUCAGGACGAUGGCAUGACAGUCUGGCAUGCCCGGCAGGCCGGAGGCAGGGCCAAGCCCAGCUUCUCAAUCUCCGAUGUGGACACAGUACGUGAGGGCCACGAGUCUGAGUUGCUGCGCAACCUGGCAGAGGAGUUCCCCCUGGAGCAGGGCUUCACCAUCGUCUUCCAUGGCCGCCGCUCCAACCUGGACCUGGUGGCCAACAGUGUCCAGGAAGCCCAGACCUGGAUGCAGGGGCUCCAGCUGUUGGUGAGCUUUGUCACCAACAUGGACCAACAGGAGAGGCUGGACCAAUGGCUGAGUGAUUGGUUCCAGCGUGGAGACAAAAACCAGGAUGGUCGGAUGAGUUUCGGAGAGGUCCAACGGUUAUUGCACCUGAUGAAUGUGGAAAUGGACCAAGAAUAUGCCUUUCAGCUUUUCCAGACAGCAGACACAUCCCAGUCUGGGACUCUGGAGGGAGAAGAAUUUGUAGAGUUCUAUAAGUCAUUGACUCAGCGUCCAGAGGUGCAGGAACUGUUUGAAAAGUUUUCAUCUGAUGGGCAGAAACUGACCCUGCUGGAAUUUGUGGAUUUCCUCCAAGAGGAGCAGAAGGAAGGAGAACAGGCUUCUGACCUUGCUCUGGAACUCAUCGACCGCUAUGAGCCUUCAGAAAGUGGCAAACUGCGGCAUGUGCUGAGCAUGGACGGCUUCCUGGGCUACCUCUGCUCGAAGGACGGAGACAUCUUCAAUCCGACCUGCUACCCCCUUUACCAGGACAUGACUCAACCCCUGAACCAGUACUACAUCAACUCCUCCCACAACACCUACCUGGUGGGGGACCAGCUUUGUGGCCAGAGCAGCGUGGAGGGAUACAUACGGGCCCUGAAGCGGGGGUGCCGCUGUGUGGAGGUGGAUAUAUGGGAUGGACCAAGCGGGGAACCUAUUGUUUACCACGGACACACCCUGACCUCCCGCAUCCCAUUCAAAGAUGUUGUGGCCGCUAUAGGACAGUAUGCCUUCCAGACGUCAGACUAUCCAGUCAUCUUGUCGCUGGAGAACCACUGCAGCCGGGAGCAGCAGGAGAUCAUAGUGCACCAUCUGACGGAGAUCCUGGGGGAUCAGCUACUGACAACAGCCUUGGAUGGGCAGCUUCUCACUCAGCUGCCCUCCCCUGAGGACCUUCGGAGGAAGAUCCUUGUGAAGGGGAAGAAGCUAACGGCUGAGGAAGAGGAGGAAGAGCCAGAGGCUGACCUGGAGGCAGGGCAGGAGGCUGAGCUGGACUUGGAGGCCCAGCUGGAGUCUGAGCCCCAGGAGCUGAGCCCUCGCGGUGAGGACAAAAAGAAGGUUGUGAUGUGCCCGCUGUUGUGUCGGCCUUUGUGUUGUCAGAUUAUGGCCCAGGCUCCUAUUUCCAGGCCUGGGCUUCUUCUCUUUCCCAAGCAGAAACCCAAGGCCAUCUUGUGUCCAGCCCUCUCUGCCCUGGUUGUCUACUUGAAGGCUGUCACAUUCUACAGCUUCACUCAUUCGAGGGAGCACUACCACUUCUAUGAAACAUCAUCUUUCUCUGAAACCAAGGCCAAGAGUCUUAUCAAGGAAGCUGGCGAUGAGUUUGUGCAGCACAAUACCUGGCAGUUAAGCAGAGUAUAUCCCAGUGGCCUGAGGACGGAUUCAUCCAACUACAACCCCCAGGAAUUCUGGAAUGCAGGCUGCCAGAUGGUGGCUAUGAACAUGCAGACAGCCGGGCUGGAGAUGGACCUGUGUGAUGGGCUCUUCCGCCAGAACGCUGGCUGUGGCUAUGUGUUGAAGCCAGACUUCCUGCGUGAUGCCCAGAGUUCCUUCCACCCUGAGAGGCCCAUCAGCCCUUUCAAAGCCCAGACCCUCAUAAUCCAGGUAAUCAGUGGUCAGCAACUCCCCAAAGUGGACAACACCAAAGAACAGUCCAUUGUGGACCCCCUGGUAAGAGUGGAGAUCUUUGGCGUCCGCCCGGACACAACCCGGCAAGAGACCAGCUACGUGGAGAACAAUGGUUUUAAUCCAUACUGGGGGCAGACGCUGUGCUUCCGGGUCCUGGUACCUGAACUGGCCCUGCUGCGUUUUGUGGUGAAAGACUAUGACUGGAAAUCCCGAAACGACUUCAUUGGUCAGUACACCCUGCCGUGGAGCUGCAUGCAACAAGGUUACCGCCACAUACACCUGCUCUCCAAGGACGGCCUCAGCCUUCACCCAGCUUCCAUCUUCGUGCACAUCUGCACAAAGGAAGUGCUAGAGGAGGCUGAAUCUUAAGGCGGCCACAGGAGGAGUGGAUUCACUGGCUGUAGAUGGUGAGAAAAAUGAAAAAACCUGGAAGGAUGCUCCAGAAAGCAAACAGUGGUACAAACUCGAGCUUUGGACUAUGCCUUUUCAGGCACAAAAUGACUUGGUCCUUCCUGACAAGCAAAUGUAGGGCCUGAUUUUUCACCUUCUUUCUCUUCCCUUUCUUCGUUUUCACAAGACUCUGGGCAUCAUUCCUGUCCUUUUCCUCUGCAGACUCUACACUGGAAUUCCUUCCUUCCUCUGGUUAUAGGCUCAACACCACACCCAGAUCUAGUACAGCGCUUUCCCACCAACUCUGGCUCAAAGGCAGAUUGCAGCUAGAAAUCCAAAGAGGGGCUUGGGGGCAGAGAAACUCCAAACCCAAACUUCUCACCCCUAACUUCCUCAAAGUCCAGAGCCAAGGGAAAGAGAAAUUGAGCCUCAAGUCUCCCCAGGCAAAGGCUGGGGGAGGAGAUCUGCUCCCCUGUAUUACGACUCUCAAGAGAACACUGCAUGGCCCAGAGUCUCCCCACUGGACUCCUGCUCACUUGUGCCACCAGUAUAAAUAGAGCUUCUCUCUCAA